UAAUUUUUAUUCAAGCAAAGAAAAACACCAACACAAGCAGCCCAGGAGCUCGACGAAGACUUUCAUCAUGAGUGUAAAACAAGCCUGCAUCUUUCUGAGAGGAGGACCGAGCAGAAAAAAAAGAUCUCUCACACCUGAGGAGAUCGAAGAGUUACGUGCGGCUUUUGUGGAGUUCGAUAAAGACAAAGACGGUCUGAUCAGCUGUAAGGACUUGGGUAAUCUGAUGAGGACGAUGGGUUACAUGCCGACUGAAAUGGAGCUCAUAGAACUGGGACAAAACAUCAACAUGAAUUUGGGGGGACGGGUGGACUUUGAGGACUUUGUGGAACUUAUGACGCCCAAGCUUCUCGCUGAAACUGCGGGGAUGAUUGGGCUGAAGGAGCUCAAGGAGGCGUUCAGAGAGUUUGAUAUUGACGGUGACGGGUCCAUCACAUCGGAUGAGCUGAGGCAUGCCAUGAAGAAGUUAUUAGGAGAACAUGCCUGCACAAAGGAAAUCGACGCAGUGGUCAGAGAAGCCGAUAACAACGGAGAUGGAACCGUUGACUUUGAGGAGUUUGUGAAAAUGAUGUCACAGAAAUGAGGACGACAGAUCAAAGCUGGUGACUGAGACAGGAGAGAAUGCAUUUUGUAUUGAACUGUAUGCUGAUGACACCUUAAUAACUGGUGGUAAUUGUAUGUUUAUUUACUGUUAUUUAGGUAGCAUCAGCCUGAAAAUGGAAAUGUGUUUUUUGUUUUUUAAAACUUUAAGUCUGUUUUGAGGGUUUGGCUCUGGACAGCCACAUCUGUAUGAUCCAAAUUUUUGUGUAUUUCUGUUGAAAAUUAAAUAAGGUUUGAUGUCUGUAACUUUA